ACAUCAUAUGACAUCAUCCACGAGAAAAUUGAUCAAAGAUGGAGUCUGACUCGUCUUACGCUUGAACGGUGGGACAACGAAGAGGCUGGCCAUGUUUUCCGAGAAUUGGAAGCUGUUGCAUUUUACACACAGCUAACGAAAUUUCUCAUUUUAACAAGAAAUAACUACGAUAAUGGAGGCAUUAAAACUUGGAGAUUUAGAGCAACAAUACUACGCUGAGCUGUUUCAGACGUGUGAUGUUGAGGGAACGGGCAGAAUAACAGGCCCUAAAGCAUCCGAACUGUUUUUAGCAUCGAGUCUGAAUCAGGACACAUUGAAGCAAAUUUGGGAACUCUGUGGAGCAAAACGACUUGGCCACCUGGGGCGAAGUCAGUUUUACAUUGCUCUCAAGUUUAUUGCUGUUGCACAAGCUGGCUUGCCAUUAAAAUUAGAAACAUUGAAUGCUGGUGUUGAUAUUCCUUUGCCAAGAUUUUCAUCUAAAUCCACUGAUCAAGGUGAUAGAAAGAGAAACUCAGCAGAAGGAGACAACAGCGCCAGUGACCUCAAAGGGCUGGCAUCAGGCGGACUGCCACCACCACCUGCUGGAAAGCAGUCUCAUCGGCGAAGUCUUUCUGGACAGUACCGAGGUGUCAUUCCUGAUGGUAAUCCUAGUUUCCAGCCUGCUACUCAGCAGUCUGCAAGUCGGGAUGACUCACCACAUAAUUCCAGGUCUCCUGGCUUUUCACCCAAAGAAUCACCAGCAACAUCACCAAAUCACAAUGCUCCUCGGCCGCUGAUUAAACAGCACACUGUACCUGCAGUGUUUGCUGGCUCUAUCGUGAGAGACAAGGAGACUAUCCAUGACUCUGGUCAUGUUAAUCCUGUUGCGCUGGCAUCCAAUGGUGGGGGUGGAGGAGUACCCGGAGGAGGUAUGGGACACUCAGUGAUGUCAGGGUCAACAGGAAGCAGUAUUGGUCCACAUGUACAUCCUGUAGCUGUAGUAGGAGGACAUUAUCCCCAUCUUUCCAGUAAUGAGAAUGGCAACUGGGCCAUGUUUGAGGAUGAUGAGAGUCAUAUGUUAUUAGGCAGUGGUGUUAAAAGGUGGGAAUCAUCUCUUGAGCCGCCAGGUAUUGAUUCAUCUUCCAUAAGUUCUGAGGCUGAGAGUAUCGAUGAUGUUUGGACCAUCACAGAUGAACAGCGAGAAUACUAUGUAAAGCAGUUUAUCUCCAUGCAGCAAGAUCUUAGUGGAGUCAUUACAGGUCCUGUUGCCAAAAAUUUCUUUGAAAAGUCCAAGCUACCUGUUGUAGAGCUGUCCAAGAUCUGGCAAUUGUCAGAUUUGAAUCGUGAUGGAGCACUGUCCAUGGAGGAGUUUUGCAUUGCCAUGCAUCUUGUUGUCUUACGUCGAAAUGAUAUUGAGCUGCCAGAUCACUUGCCUGCUUCACUUAUGCCAUACUCCACAUUAAAUGAUGAACCAUUUGCUGCAGAUCUACCUCCAGGAAGCACAUUAAAAAGAGCAACACCACCCUCACCUCAAAUUAAUCAGUGGACAGCCAACUUUGUACAGGAGUCUCCAGGAUCCAGUGGAGUUCCUUCCCCUGCUCAUCUCGUGAACUUUGAUUAUGCCAAACCUAGUGCAGAUCCUGAUUCAAAAAUUGUGCACCCUGUUGCUGUGCGGAUGUCUCCUGAUGGCCUUCCUCUUCCAGCAGAAGGUUUUGACCGCGGUAGGGCACUCUCAGAUUCUGCUGUGCCUCUGUCUCACGAGCAUGUAGCCAGCGACGAGGCUAUGGUUGGGCACAAUCAUCGUGUUCGCAUCGAAUCACAUCCCCCAUCAUCUCUGCCCCCUCCCUCCUCCUCUGACCUGCCUAGUCCCAGCGACAGCCCGAUCCCUGUCUCCUCCAAAUAUAGCGCACCCAUACAGGGCAGGCCCCGUCCAAUACCAAAGAAACCCAACACAGUUCCCAUGGUGGCCAGAGGUCAGUUACAUCCACCACCCUCAUCAGGUCAGCUGGAGGAGGACAGUGUGACAUCGUCAGGUGUCUUGGGCAGUGGGGAUCCUGCAGCAAGCUCCUAUCCACCCUCUCAGGCCCCACCCACUCCUCCUCCUCGCCCACAGGUGCAUGGACGCAGCAUGUCUGUGGACCUGAAACAAGGUCCUGUGCAAACGUCCGUUCUGCCUCCAGCAGUCCCACCUCGUGCAAUGCCCAAAGAUACUCAUAUCACCAUCAAGUCUGGAGAACCUAGCGUCAGCAUAGAGUAUAAAAACAUUGCUAAACGGCAAGUUCAACCUGUUGUGGGAAAGCAUCGGCGCAGUGUCUCCUUAGGUUUUCUGAAAGUGACCUCCGUGUCCACACAGGAAAUGUCAACAGACUCUUAUGCAAUAGAAGGAGCUACUGGGGCAGGAGUUUCCCAAGAAAAGGAGGCUGGGGGCAGUGGAGAAGAUAUGGUUGAAAGUGUCAAAGACAGACUGACUCAGUCAACUUUGUCACAAAGGCAAAUGAGUCGAGACAAAAGAGAUAUAGGUAUGGCAAUAAGAACACACAAAGAGCGUAAUGCGAUGUUGACGCGCCUGAACAGUGAGCUGAACCAAGAGCUUCAAGAGGUGAUGGAGCAGCGCAUUGCCCUGGAGAUUCAGCUUGAACAUCUGCGACCAUUCUCUAGCUAGUCCAGUGUCUGCAGGAGAUCACAUAAAAGAUCUGAAAUGCAUAUUUUCAAGGCCUGUUUUCCCUCUUUUUAUUUAUUUAUGUGGUUUUUUUUUUUGUGAAAGGAGAUUUCAUGAGAAAAGAGCAUUAGGAAAUAUUUGGGUUUUUUUUUUUUUUUUUUGUCUUUUAUUUUGUUUUUAUUUAACAAUUGAGGGCUUGGCUUGGUAAGUUAGUGUGCUAAGUUUGAUUGAAUGUGGUACUGUUGAUUGUACCCUUCCUGUUUUGCUGGCUGUGCAGAAGUUUGGUGAAGGAUUGGAUAAUCAUUAGCAACAUAUUGUGGUGUAGAGCAUUUUUAGCAGGGCAUCAUUUCAUUAAUUUUUUUUAAAAUAGCUUUGCUUCUAACCAAAAAGAUUUUUCACCAUUCAAAAUAAAUUUGGCUUUUCCACUCAGUUUACAUUAUUAAACAAUUUAUCUAUGUCAAAAACAUCAGGUUCCUUCAGAGGAAACAAUGGAAUUGUGCUGAUAAAAUCUAUCUCAAAAGCAAGUAUUUAAUAUAUAUCAUCUCCAUACACACAAUUUUGUAUUAAAAAAAGAAAACGGAAGAAAACAUUUUAAUUAAUUAGUUUUAGCUUGUCCUAUGUGUUCUUCAUUGGUAAAAAAAAAAUUACAGCAGUUUCAUGUCUUGGUUCUGGGAGAUUUUUAAAGAAAAAUGUUUGAGAAGAGAAAGCAGAGUAGGAGAAACCAUUUGCCUGUUUACUUAUUUGUUAAUAAAUAGGGAUAAAAUGAAAGUAUAGAAAAACAUUUAUUUGUGAUGUCACAGUAUUGUACAGAAACUGGUCACCAUAGAGAUUAUGGAGAGAUGCUGCAGUUACUGAAAGUAUUUUUGUGUCAGCAGGUCAAGUAGAUUGCUCUGUGUUUUUGUGUAGUUUCUUUUUAUAUUUGUUUUGAAAGAGGUUGCUGAUUAGGCACCAACCUAUGAAUAGAAGCUUUGUGAAAGCUUCAUUUGAUGACUGAAUCCUGAAUGAGUUGGUGAAUUUUGUUUUACAUUCUAAAGUGUCUGGUGCAGGUGUGUUUCUGCUUAGACUUUUUGAAUGAGAGAUUUUUUUUUCCCCCUUUGACUUGAAAAGAGAGCCAGAGUUCCUUUUACUUUCAAUGCACCUCAUUAAUGGCUGGUUUAUGCAAGCUCUUUAAUUGUUGAAAGGGUGUGGAUAUCUGUGCAUAUCUAAUUGGAGGUAGAUGUGUACAUGUGUGGCAUAUUUGAAAAUGUUCGAGUUUUCUAGAACAGAAAUUGAGAAAAUGCAAAGUGGAAAUGCGAAAAGGUUCUGUAAGGAAAUGUCAGGAGUAGUUUGCUGCGUGUGUUUUUGUUUAUUUUAAAAAUAAUUUUAAAUGUUCAAGGCUGGAAACUGUACCUGAUUAUGCAGUCUUAGAAUUAAGGCACUGUUAGCUGGUAAAAGUGCUAAACCAGCACAUCCAAAUCCUUUUUAACACAUUUUUGACAGUUUUUGUCUCAUAUUCAAUGCAGUGGUAUUUGAGAUAAAUUAUUUUUCUUCUUAUUAGGUUAGGUAUGACUAAUGAAGACUAUUACUGUUUUUGAAAAUGUCUGAGAUUUGUUAACUUUCUUAAGGGAAAGAUGAACUAAGAGUAUUUUCAUUUUAGGGUUAAAAGGAAUGGUGCUAUGUAUGUCAAAGACUGUCACAUGACUCCAGUUGCAAGUAUUUUUUUAAAACACAUAAGAAAACAGAGUGGUGUGAAAUUUUUCAGUGUAACUAGGUAUGUCUCUGUAUGUCUGCACUAGUUUUGAGAAAAGUACAGCAGUCAAGAACUUAUGGGUGCCAUGUCUGGGGGUGUUCAGGUGUCGCAAUAAAUUAGAUUUUUAGUCCAUGCUGACAUCAGGUGUUCAUUCUUGUUGCUCACAUGGACAGAUUUAAGCAUUUACUCUGGUGUGAACAAAUUUUAUAUGACUGUAUGCAAAAGAGGGAAAGAGAUUUGUAUGCUUCUUUGUGUUUUUCAUUGAUUUCACAGAAAAAAUAUAUAUUCAUCACUAUAUUUCAAAGUUUGUGAUGGCACAGUUGAGCUCAUCUUACAGUCCUGUUGGUGCAGAAGCUGGUGUGAUUUCUUUUCUUCAGCCGAAAAGUGUUGUGCAUUUUCUAUUUUAUGUUGUCAUUGCACAUUUCAGCUUAAACUAUUAAAUUGUGAUGUUUUCGUUUGGACCAUAUUGUGCAAGUGUGUACGUGGUUCAUGUUUAUGUUAUUUGUUUUUAAGAGGGAACUAUGAAAUAGCCCAGACACUUUUGCUGCAGUGGAGCAUAGUGGGAUAAUGACUGCUCCCUUCCAUUUAUGUAUAUUUUCUGAGUUUUGCAUUCCUCAAUGUUUUUCUGAGUGUUUUUGUGUCACUAUCUCCUAUAUUUCACUGUGCUUGCCAGAUGGUUGUGUUCCUUUCAAGAAGCUGUUGGCUUUGAAUGUUUAUUUUCAGCUGUUUCCAUUUUAUGUUUGUGUAUUUAAUUUAUAAUCACUUCCAGAACUAUUUUACACUGUGCAGUUUAUGUGUUUGCAUUUGUGCAUUUGUACUUGGGCAUGUGUGAGAGGGUUAUUGUGAGUGGAUGGGUUGCGCUGGUAUCAGUUGGUGACUGUUAAAUAAUAAGACCUUGCACUUAUUAAGUUCGGUUUCCAUUUUACCCUUUCACAAUGUACGAGAACUGAAUACAAGAUUUUUGCAAAAAUUACCUGAUAUUUUGUGCGAUUAGCUAGAAAAUGUACUUUAUUUUCUUCAAAGGUGUAUUGUGUUUCCAUUAGAAUGGUUGCACCUUUAUAAGUGCAUGUGUAAGACUGUAUCUCUACCAAACAGCGUGUAAUAAUUCUUAUAUGGUCUCACUUUGCAUGAGCACAUUACAUUUAAUCUCUCUGAGGUUAAAAAAAAAAAAAAUCACGGAGGACAUUUUAAAAACAAGGGAUUUUCGAAAAUCAUUUGAUCAUGUAUCCACAAGAAUGUGAUAUUCCACUGGUAGCAAUAUGAGCAGUGUAGCUAGUAAAACAGUGACAGAAAAUGAUUCUGUGGAAUUGUAUUGCAGUUAGAGAUGAUGUUGGGAAUGUAGCAGUGCACCUACACUCAUUGCUCUGUUUUAGGAUGGUUUGAUGAAAAUGAACACACACACACACAGGUAUACACACUACCUCCCUUCUCUGUCACUGAAAAAUUUUGAAACUUUAAAGAAUAUGACUUAAAACAUUAAAAGCUAAUGAAAAUUUGUUUUCUUUGUGUUUAUGCUAUUUUGUGACACUAAAAUUAUGGGAUUUAAAUAUUAAAAAUGUCAGCAGUUUGCACAUUUACCCUUCACUGAUCAAAGCAUUCAGAAGCAGUCAAGUCAGCUUCUUUCUCAUCUGUGAUUUAAGGCAUUUCGCCUGUUGCAGAAGUACAUCUUUCAUUAUAAUAGUCUUCAUCUGUAUCUCUUGAGUUUCUUGUGUCUUCUAAUGUGUGUACAGUAUACCAUCAUAUAUAAAUUUUAGAAAUAAUAGUCUGAGCCCUGGUUUAAACUCCUUCUCUCCAUCUAUUCUCAGGUUCUGUUAAACAUUGGACAUAACCACACAUAUUGUAAACUUACUGUUGUACUUUUUCACAUCUUAAAAUAAUGAAAACAGUUUUGACAGAUGUAUCUUGUAGUGUGUAGCAUCCUAACACCACCUGCACACUAAUGUGGCACACUGUUUUCAUUCAGUGGUGAAUAUAGUUUUAGAGUAUUACUUGAAAGUGUAUAUAUAGUUAAUAUUUGUUUCCAUCUUAAGAGGGUUAUGUUAAGUUAACAUGCUGCUUUAGCUGUGUUACAUGUUUUAAAAGAAACGUGAGUAUUGUAGAUUGCGUCCAGUACAGUACAUUUCAGCAGUCAACCAUUUUGAUGGUUUUGCCUUUGAUGGAUGGCUUAAGUUGUCAGAACCAAGGAUUGUCAUCAAGAAUGUGCAUGUGCUGCCUAGUUAGGUUAUUAAAAAAUUCUGUCCACUAGCACCUAGAUGUAUUGAGCUUUGCUGCAGCAGUGCCAAAAGGAAAGGCAGAUAUAUUUACAUGCAUGUAUUUGCAGCUGUUUAAGUGUAAGAUACAAUUACCAUAGCUACAUUAUAUGAGACCUGUUUAUCAUUACAAGCUUCUGAAAUGAGAUCAGCAUAUCACAUGAAAGUGAAAUACAAGUUCUCAACUUGACAUUUUGCCAGGAUAAACGUACAACCUGACAUCUUGAUUGUAUUGAAGCAUAUAUAACACUGCCCUUAUUAAAGUAACCAUCUUCAAAUUUUGUUUCUGAUUUGUUUAAAGAUACCAUUUUUAACUUCAUAAUGGCUGGUUUUCAAACAGCCGAUUUUGAUGUGCACUUACUAACAUUUAGGCGUCCCACCCUCCCACUUUUUUUUUUUUGAGGUAUGGCCACAAAAAUGUCUGUUAUGAUGAUGCAUCUUUAUGAUCUGUUUACGGCAGACAAACUUUUGCAGUUGUGGAGUCAGUUUCUUCAUGAUAGGAAAAAACAAGAGCAAGCACUUUGGACACUGAGGUCUACUGCCUCGCACUGUGUACAAUGAGGUCUUGCGGGCAGUGUGGAGCUUUUUCAUGAUAAUUAUUGUGGACAUGUAUAUGUAUGACAACAAGUGAAUGAAGAAUUCAGUAUUCAGCUGCUGUCUUCUUUUUCUUUAAAGAUAAGCAAAACUACUACCGAUAGGUCUUAUAUGCUUUUAAGUUUGUAUGUUUUCCAUGAUUUUAAUACAGUAUGCAACAGACAACCAUUAAAUUCACUUGUAUAAACUUUAACAAAUGUUAAAAUAAAAGUGAAAGUGUAAAAGUUAAUGCCAUUGCUUACUUAAACCAUAAAUAUUUACUUACAAUUGCUUACUUAAAUCAUCAUAAGUGUUUACAUCAUCAAGACCAGAUAAGAAACCCCUUAGAAGGGAUUUGGAGUUUGAUGAAGUCUAACUAUAUGUAUGCUGUAGGAUGCUGCAUGAAGCAAGCCUUCAUGUUCUUCUCCCAUGGAUGAGAGCUUAUGAUAUUAUUUACACAGGGAAUAGGCAUUGCACCUAGGGUGAACAAGUCUUGGCAUUGUUUCCCAGGAACGCUUAGCCAGAACGUAGACUUGAAGGAAAAUUGCACUCACCCACAUUAUUCCACUGUAAAGCAUUUAAGUGACAUGAAUGGAGUUUGUGAAUGAAUUUUUUGCUGGCACUUGUCACACAGUUUUGAAGAAUGAUCUGUGAUUCGAUAUGUAGUAUAAACAUGCCAGUACAUUGGAGAAGAGGGCCAAGUGUGCAUGAUUGAUUGUCAUCUAACAUUGCGAUAAAAAAAAGGUGGAACAAGAAGUGGCCGCUUAGUGAAAUAAAAUGCAGUUUCAAAAAUAUACAGCAUGCUUUGUGUUUAUAGGUGGCUUUCCAUGUAUGAAAAAUGUGAGGAGGGCUUUAGUGCAGCCUUUUCACAGCUGAAUUUGUAUAUAUGAUGCAAGAUGGGUUCAGAUGAGUGUGCAUGCAUGCAUUGCUUAUGUAAGGACAUUUGUAAGUUUACAAACAUUUGCAAAUGUUACCCAUUGUGUUACUGCACAGUAUUAGCUGCUGUGACUCUGUCAAAGCAUCUUGUAAUUUUCGUCCUAACAUGGCCUCCUACUGUACAUACCAACUCCAGAUACUGUGAAUAAAAUGUUACCUAGAUUCA